AUGAGGCCAAUGAGCAAGGUCCUCUUUGCUCUCAAUGCCUUCUUUAUGGGCCAAAUAAUUGCCUUGUCCACGUUCAUGCCAGUUCGGCCUCCAGCUAUACCGCUAGCUGUCAGCUCGCCAUACUUGAAUGUUUUGCAAUUUGCUGGAAACUCUGGAGAUACCAAGGGUUACCUCGCUGGACAAUGGCCUCAGUUUUGGGCAGGACAGACGCUAGGCUGGGCUGGAAUGAUUCGUGUCGACAAUACAGCUUAUACGUGGAUGGGAGUUCCUGGACCCCAAUCGGUCACUCAAACUUCAUUUGAGUAUACUUCGACGAAGAGCAUCUUUACCAUGAAUGCAGCCGACAAGAUCGAGCUCAGAGUGACCUUUUUGUCGCCUGUCACCCCCGACAAUCUCGAACGUCAAUCACUCAUAUUCUCUUAUCUCAACGUUGAAGUUACGAGUCUCGAUGGGAAUCCCCAUGAUGUGCAAUUAUAUGCCGAUAUUUCUGCUGAGUGGGUCGCUGGGGAUCACUCUUCUGUAGCACAAUGGGAGUUCGGCUCGACCGACGAUGGAAUUUCUUAUCACAAGGUUUAUAGGCAAACACAGCUCUUAUUCAGUGAGACUGCUGAUCAAGCUGAUUGGGGCAACUGGUACUGGUCUACGAAAAAUAGAAAUGGUCUCACCCACCAAUCCGGUUCCGACAAGAUUGUGCGAGGCGCAUUUAUUAAUAAUGGAAAUCUUGACAAUACUGAGGACACCAACUUUCGUCCGAUUAAUCGGGACUUUCCCGUUUUUGGCCACUCUAUUAACCUUGGCGCGGUUACAGAUUCACAAAGCGUCUUGUUUACUAUUGGUCUAGCCCAAGAUCAAGCCAUGCAGUUCGCUAGCGCAACAGGCAUCGUCUCGCUACCUUCAUUGUGGACGAGUUUCUUCCCGUCUGAAACAAGCGCCGUAUCUUCCUUCUACAACGAUUUUGAGGAAGCAAGCACCACUGCGGAGAAUCUUGACAACAAAAUUUCAACAGAUUCUAUUGCUGCCGGUGGUCAGGACUAUCUAACAAUCACAUCGCUAUCUACGCGCCAGGCAUUUGCUUCUACUCAAUUGGUGGGAUCACAGAGCAAACAGUACCUUUUCCUCAAGGAAAUUAGUUCGGAUGGAAAUAUCCAGACUGUCGACGUCAUUUAUCCAUUUUAUCCCAUAAUCAUGUACCUUCAACCAUCACUGGCUAAGCUGAUGCUAGAUCCUCUUUUUGAGAACCAAGAGAGUGGUCAGUAUCCAAAAACAUCCUCUAUGCAUGAUCUCGGUAGCCACUUUCCGAACGCGACGGGCCACGCUGAUGGUCUUGAUGAGCCUCAGCCAUUGGAAGAGUGCGGAAAUAUGCUAAUCAUGACCUUGGCCUACGCUCAAAGAACUAACGAUGUACAAUAUCUCGCACAGCACUACAAUAUAUUAAAGCAGUGGACAGGGUUUCUUGUUCAGGAGGCACUUAUUCCAGCCGACCAGAUAUCAACCGAUGACUUCGCUGGGAGUCUCGCUAAUCAAACCAAUUUGGCGCUAAAGGGAAUUAUCGGAAUUCAGGCUAUGUCUGUCAUUGCAGAAAUGACUGGCCAAGGUGCUGAUGCAGCUUCCUACGGCGCUACCGCUAAAGAUUAUCUGAACCGGUGGCAAACCCUUGGAGUAGCACACGACGCAAUACCUCCUCAUACCACUCUAUCAUAUGGACAGAAUGAUUCUCACGGCCUACUUUACAACCUCUACGCCAAUUCACUUUUAAACUUUGAUUUUGUACCUCAGUCUAUUUACGACAUGCAAUCAGCUUUCUAUCCCACGGUCAAGAAGCAAUUUGGAGUGCCUCUUGAUACACGACAUGCCUACACUAAAAGUGACUGGGAAAUGUGGACAGCAGCGAUUUCAAGUGACGAGACUAAAGCUUUGUUCAUCAGUGAUCUUGCAAAAUGGCUUGGAGCAACACCCACAAAUGUCGGGUUUACUGACUUAUACGACACCGAAACUGGUGACUUUGCCAUUAACGUCACGCAUUUCGCUUCUAGGCCUGUAGUCGGAGGUCAUUUUGCACUUUUAUCACUCGCUCCAGGAAGGGAAGACAAGCCGAAAAAGAGAUCCCGUAGGAUGAGGCGAUUUAUCCAAUUUUAA